CCACCUGCACCUGCCCACCCACAGGCCAUAAGCUCCAGGCCUAAGCUCAUUAUAACAUCACCCAACCUACACCCGUCACUCACCACCAACUCUUAUUACUUCCUCUCUUACUCUUACAUCCCCUUCUCACCUCUUUUCCUGUUUCUACAAUCAUCCUCCUCACCACUUCUAAUAACUCGCCCUCAUCAAAAACACACUUUAUCCAUCCGUCAUCAUGGGAUUGGCUUCGAAGCUCGCCGCCCAGAAUGCGGCUCCCGGUGGAGGCUAUCCACCUCAGGGAGGUCAACAGCAGCCAGGCGGAUAUCCCGGCCAGCCGCAAUACCAAGCCUAUCCUGGUGGUGCACCAGGUGCCGGCGCUCCGGUGAGUGUGCUUUUUAUUCUUACUCUUCUCUCCUUCUUCUUGUUCCUGUUCCUUUUCGUCUUUAUUGCUAUUAUUGUCGGGCUCUCUCGUAUCGAUCAUUGCGUGCUGUGUGCUCUUGCGACCCUGCGUCAUCAGUCAUCAGCUCCCGCCACUUUGCGCCUGGGACGACAUCCAAUUUUCUGGAACACCAACCCCACCAUCUCCACACCAUCAGCAUCAUCAUCAUCAUCAUCAUCACAUCCAUCACCACCACAACCAUUAUUAUUCUUCCUUUUGCGCUCGACCUGCAAACUCCUCGCACUAUCGCCUCCUUGAGUUUUUAAAUUCAAAUCCUGUAUCGCUUUUUGGACUGCGGAAUUUUGCGAGCGCGUUCCUGUCCCAGACCCCAGGACUCG